GUGUAACAUUACGACCCGACGUUUAUGGGGAUAGAGGACUACAAAUUUAUUACAACAUGUCCGACAACAAAACCUGGGAAGGUUUAGUGACAACUCUUCAGACGUUUCUGACAGCAUAUACGCCAGCUGCUCAGCAUCUGAACAUCAACUGCACCAGUGACACGUACUUCAUCCAGGACACCUUUGACGGCCCAAAUAGAACAAAACUCUCCUGCAAAUUUACCUCAAAUAUGCUUCAAAACUGCUCCGGCAUCACAGACUCGACUUUCGGAUUUCCAGAAGGAAAACCCUGUUUUAUUAUAAAAAUGAACAGGAUUAUCAAGUUUCUCCCUGGCAAUGGUACUGCACCAAGGGUGGACUGCACAUAUGUGGGUGACGAGUCUCGCCCGCUGGAGGUGGACUACUACCCUGUGAAUGGCACCUUCAGCCUGCACUACUUCCCCUACUACGGAAAAAAGGCACAGCCCAGUUACAGCAAUCCUUUGGUGGCUGUGAAAUUUCUCAACAUUACAAGGAACGUAGAAGUUAAAAUAGUGUGCAAAAUCAUUGGAGCUGGAAUUACCUAUGAUAAUGUUCAUGAUCCGUAUGAAGGAAAGGUGGAAUUUAAAUUGAAAAUAGAAGACUGA